AUGGCUGACCAAGCGACCUCCGACCGACCGCGCAAGUCGCUCAUCCUCAACGCCUUCGUCGAGAUGUGCAGCGGCCACCAAUCCCCGGGCCUCUGGACACACCCCGAAGACGAAUCCCACCGCUUCAACGACAUUGACCACUGGAUCGAGCUCGCGCAGCUCCUCGAGAGCGCCAAAUUCCACGGCAUCUUCAUCGCGGACGUCCUCGGCGGCUACGACGUGUACAAGGGCCCCCGGAACCUUGCUCCAGCCAUCUCGUCUGGUGCGCAGUGGCCCGUCAAUGAGCCGCUCGCGGUCGUUCCGGCGAUGGCGGCCGCCACGAAGAAUAUUGGGUUUGGGGUUACGGUUACGACGACGUAUGAGCAGCCGUAUCAUCUUGCGAGGAGGCUUUCGACGGUGGAUCAUUUGACCAAGGGGAGGAUUGGGUGGAAUGUUGUCACUGGAUAUCUCGACUCGGCGGCGCGGAAUUUGGGCCACGCAGAGCAGCCACAGCACGACGACCGCUAUGCCGUCGCCGAGGAAUAUAUCAAAGUGACAUACAAGCUCUGGGAGUCAUCCUGGCGACAAGACGCCGUAGUCCUCGACCGCGAGCGCCGAGUGUACACGGAACCGUCGCGCGUGCGAGAAAUCAACCACGUGGGAAAAUACUUCAACGUCCCCGGCCCACACAUCUGCCAGCCCAGUCCCCAGCGAACACCCGUAAUCCUGCAAGCCGGAACCUCGAAAGCCGGAAAGACGUUCGCCGCGCAACAUGCCGAGGCCAUUUUCGUCGCGGGCCACAGUCCCUCGGUCGUCGCCAAGAACAUUGCUGAGAUUCGCGAGCUGGCCAAGACGCAGUACGGACGCGAUCCGUCCAAGAUCAAGUUCCUUGCGCUGCUGUGUCCCGUCCUGGGGAGGACGGAGGAGGAGGCGCAGGAGAAGUUCAAGUACUAUCGCAGCCUGGGCUCGAUUGACGGGGCUCUUGCGUUGUUUGGCGGUUGGACGGGGAUCGAUAUCAGCGUAUACGGCGACGACGAGGAACUUCGCCUCGUACCUAGCAAUGCUAUUCGAUCCGCUGUCGAGGGCUGGUCAAAAGCGACACCAGAAGUCUCCAAAUGGACAAAGACCACGGUCGGCGAACAUAUCACGGUCGGAGGCCUGGGCGCAACACCCGUAGGAACCGCAGCUCAGGUUGCAGACGAGAUGGAGCGCUGGGUGCGCGAAGCUGACGUCGAUGGCUUCAACCUGGCGUAUGCGAUCAAGCCCGGCUCCUUCAAGGACAUCAUCGAUCUCCUUAUCCCCGAACUCCGGCGUCGAGGAUUAUUCUGGGACGACUAUGUGGUCCAGAAGGGCACCUAUCGCGAGAACCUGUACAACCAGCCUGGGCAGACUGGUCCUCCCGAGGAUCAUCCUGCAGCCAAGUAUCGGUGGCAAGCUGGAGUGGACAACCACGAAAUUCCAAACUGA